GACGACAUAGGAAAGACGUAUAUAAGACAGCGCAUGAAUCGUGUUCCGCCUCACAUUGCAGCCUCGACUCCAAAGCCAAUCCGCCAAGAUGCCUGGCAUGUUCACUCACGAGUUCGCCACAGAACUCUACAAGGGCACCGCGACGGUGAACACUGGCCUAUUCAUCAACGGACAGUUCGUCGACCCCGUUGACCGCGAGAGCAUCGAUGUCUGCAGCCCCCAAGACGGAAGUGUUAUCACAAAGGUUUCCAUUGGAAACGCGAAAGACAUCGAUAUUGCUGUCAAGGCUGCCUUGGCUGCCUUCAAAAGUUCCUGGGGCCUCAAGACACCAGGUUACGAGCGUGGAAAGCUCCUGUACAAGCUUGCCGAGCUCCUCGAGAAGAACGCAGGUACACUUGCGGCUAUCGAGGCUCUUGAUGUUGGCAAGCCUUUCGUUCACGCGAGUCAGGAUGUUCAGGAAGCUAUCGACACCCUGCGCUACUACGCUGGCUGGGCAGACAAAAACCAUGGUCAGACCAUCGAGACAACUGAAGCCAAGUUCGCCUACACUCGACAUGAGCCCAUUGGUGUUGUGGCAGGGAUCAUUCCAUGGAACUUCCCAUUGACAAUCAGCAUUUGGAAAGCCGCUCCCGCGCUCGCAACCGGUAACGCCAUCGUCCUCAAGCCAUCCGAGGUGACGCCGCUAUCUGCACUCAAGCUCGCCGAGCUAGUCAAGGAGGCCGGCUUCCCCGACGGUGUCUUCAAUGUUGUGACCGGCUACGGCGCGACCGCAGGCCAGGCGAUCACAGAACACCCACUGGUCGGGAAGGUAUCGUUCACUGGCAGCACGAUCGUCGGCCGUAAGGUCAUGGAGACUGCGGCGAAGACGAAUCUGAAGCGUGUGACACUGGAGCUUGGGGGUAAGAGUCCAAUACUCAUCUUUGACGACGCGGAUGUCGAGCAGACCGUCAAGCGGGUCUGCGGGAGCACCUUCUAUAACAGUGGCCAAGGGUGCGCCGCCGGCACACGCAUCUUAGUCCAGGAGGGAAUCUACGACAAGUUCCUCCAGGUUUUUGCUGACGCAGCAGAGUCGCUCAAGCAGGGUGAUAGCUUCAAGGCAACGACCCAGCAAGGUCCUCUCGUCUCCAAGACGCAGCUCGACCGCGUGCUCGGCUACAUCGAGUCCGGCAAGCAGGAAGGUGCACGCAUCGUCACUGGUGGCUCGCGCGCCGAAGGAGCAGGCUACUUCAUGAGGCCGACGAUCUUCGCUGACGUGAAGCCAGACAUGAAGAUUGUGCGCGAGGAGAUCUUCGGUCCUGUUGGCGUCGUGAUCAAGUUCAAGACUGAAGAGGAGGCGAUUGAGGCUGCGAAUGACACCGAUUACGGCUUGUCGAGCUACGUGUUCACUGAGAAUCUUAGCCGCGCGAUCCGCGUCUCGAAUGCGAUUGAGGCCGGCAAUUGCUUUAUCAACCAGGCUAUACUGCUUUGCGCGCAGGUACCAUUUGGCGGCUACAAGCAGUCGGGCUACGGCAAGGAGAUGGGCGAGUAUGCUCUUGAGGCCUACACGCAAGCCAAGGCUGUCCACGUCAACUUGAGCCUCAAACUAUGAGAGCGUAUGGGGGACAUACCAACUAGAAUACUUGUAAU